GGCAUCCCACCCCGCCUCCUCGCACCGGAGCUGCAUGCAGGCAGCCCGGUGGGAAGAAUCGCUGCACUUCCCCCUUCCCAGCGGCGCUCUGCUCCUCCGCCGACCGGCGGAUCGGAUGGGUCCGCGCUGCCCGUAGUGCGGGCUUCGGCAAGCCUGUCACAACGGCCCACCGGGCCAGUCCGCCCCUGCACCCGCCAGCUGGAAAAAUCUACUCGCCACGGGCAAGUGCGUUUGUCGAGCCCUGCUGAUGAUGGUCUCUUCCUCCUCCUGCAGUAUUCUUAAGCAAUGUAAAGAUGUGGAGCUUUCCUUCAGUGAUGUGGCUGACAAGCCUGAAAUCUUCAAAGGCACUAAGAAGGGAAUGGUAUACCUCACUCCCUACAGGGUGAUCUUUGUGUCUAAAGGCAAGGACCCCAUGCUGUCCUUCAUGAUGCCGUUCUACUUGGUGAAAGGGUGCUCCAUUGAGCAGCCUGUCUUCUCUGCCAAUCACAUCAAAGGCGUGAUCCAGGCUGAGGCAGGAGGUGGCUGGGAAGGGCAGGCUUCCUUUAAAAUGUCGUUCAACAGUGGAGGAGCCAUUGAGUUUGGACAGUUGAUGUUCACAGUUGCCACUAAUGCUUCCAGAGGGGCUCCUGCCAAGAAUACUGGUUAUGGCUAUAUGCCUGCCUUUGGAGGGUACACCCCCGCUCCAGGAGGCUAUUCACCUGCACCAGGGGGCUAUGCCCCCCCACCAGCUAAUGGACCUUACCCUUAUGUGCCCCCACCAAUGAAUGGAUAUGGACCAGCUCCACAACCCAUGGGAUACCCUUAUGCACCACCUCCAGGCAUGUACCCACCUCCUCCUGAGAUGAAUCCCCUGUAUAUGGCUCCUCCUCCCCCCUACCCUGGCCCUCCUACUGCAGGACCUUCCGCCCCCACUGCUCCAACAGCCUGGGUGGAGCCUGGAAUGCCAGGUGGCAGUAAAGCAGCAGAAGCCGCUUCAAGUGCCUAUUACAACCCAGCCAAUCCCCACAAUGUCUAUAUGCCGAUGGACCAGCCACCUCCUUAUGCACCUCCUGAUGAGAAAAAGAACAACUAACAGCAGGAACCCACCCACCAACUGCUCAUGUUCCUUCUCCCUGAAGACACUGCCCUCACCUCCCUCCCCCUCAGUUCAGUGUAUCUCUAGGCUUCCAUGUGUGUAUAGUAUACAUAGUGCUGGGU